AUGCAAUAUUUGAUUAUUAUUGAUUCCCUUUCUAAAUUUAUUGAUGUCUAUGCUUGCAAGAAUACAACUUCAGAGGAUACCAUACAAUGUUUAAGGUCAUGUUUUGCUAAUUAUGGUAUUCUUGACACAAUUGUAUCUGAUAAUGCAACUUGGUUUAUGUCUAGGGAGACUCAGGAAAAUGGUGUUAGACAUUGUUCAGGAGCACCAUAUAAUCCAAGUACAAAUGGGCUUGCAGAACAGGCUGUACGAAUAUUCAAAACUAAUUUCAAAAAGUUUGAUUGCAAUUUGCCUGUAAAAACAAGAAUGGCAAAAUUUUUUUAUACCUAUAGACGUACAGUACAGUCUUCUACUGGCUGUUCCCCAGCUGAAUUAUUAUUUGGAAGGAAAUUUAAGGGUCCAUUAGUUGUUAUAAUGCCUAAACAGGGAGAUGAGUUUUAUGUUCAUGAGUCUUUCGGAGUUGGUGAUGCAGUAUAUGCCAGGAAUUUUGGUAAAGAACCAGAAUGGGUGGAAGCUAAGAUUAUCAAAGUUCUUGGUGAAAGGAAUUAUUUAGUUUCUGUAGAUGUUAAUGGUACUUUGACUUGGAAGCGUCAACUAUCACAAUUAUUUGAGAGAAAAAUGUAUAAUACUAGAGUAACUGAUGAACAGUCACUAUUAAAAGAUACAAUGAUUCCCUAUGCUCCUGUAGUUUCUUCUCCCCAUUAUGUACAAAGAUUAGAAGAGACAAAUAACCUAUUCAGAACUCGGGUAUGA